UGUGUGUGUGUUUGUUUCCAGGUCUGGCUCUGAUGUAUAUUAUGGAGAACAGCUUCAAAGCUGAGUCUGGAUCCAGACCUGAUGUUCCUAAGAUUGUGAUUCUGAUCACGGAUGGGAUAUCACAGGACGAUGUUCUUUCUCCUGCUCAGAGACUCAGAGAUGCUGGGAUCGAGCUGUUUGCUAUCGGAGUAAAAAAUGCAGAUGAGAACGAGCUGAUAGCCAUCUCGUCCCCACCGGAGGAGACACACGUGUAUAACGUGGCUGACUUCAGCUUGAUGUUAGACAUCGUGGAGGGACUCAGCAGGAGCGUCUGCGAGCGCGUCUCUGAACUCAACAGAGAGAUCAGCGUGAACAUUCAUACAUGUGAAACUCCAGCCAUCGCUGAUAUUGUGAUUCUGGUGGACGGAUCAAGGAGCAUCAGCCGUUUUAGCUUCAAAACUGUGAGGAGCUUUCUGGGAAUGUUUGUCAAGGCCUUCGCUUUUGGAUCAGACCAAACACGCAUUGGUUUGGUGCUGUACAGCAAGGAUUCAUGGAUCGAGUGGAAUCUGAACACUCACAGCACUAAAGAGGCCGUGAUCCACGCUGUGAAGAAUCUGCCCUAUAAAGGAGGAUACGCACUCACAGGUCUGGCUCUGACGUAUAUUCUGGAGAACAGCUUCAAAGCUGAAUCUGGAUCCAGACCUGAUGUUCCUAAGAUUGUGAUUCUGAUCACGGAUGGGGAAUCACGGGACGAUGUUCUUUCUCCUGCUCAGAGACUCAGAGAUGCUGGGAUCGAGCUGUUUGCUAUCGGAGUGUUGAAUGCAGAUAAGAAGAAGCUAAUAGCCAUCUCGUCCCCACCGGAGGAGACACACGUGUAUCACGUGCGUGACGUCAGCUUGAUGUUAGACAUCGUGGAGGGACUCAGCAGGAGCGUCUGCGAGCGCGUCUCUGAACUCAACAGAGAGAUCAGCGGUGAAAAAGGGUCAGCCGCUUCCAGUGACCUUCUGACCUCUGAGUUCACGGCCAGGAGAUUCUGUGUUACUCGUCCAGCGGAUCUCUAACAGAGCACAAGUGACGCAAAUGAAGAUGAUGAUGAUGAGCAGGAGGAUGAAGAUGCCAUCAGAAGUGCUCCUGUUUGCAGCGUUGUGUGACUGUCCUGAAAAACCAACAAAAAAACUAAUAUUGUUUUAUAAUUUCAUAACUUGUUGCAUCUUUCUUUAUAAUAAAUAACAUUUUAAGUGUGAAUGAAGUAUUUAGAUUUUCUUUUAGACUCACCUGGAGAAGAUCGGCAGAGAUCUGAUGGAACAGAUAAUACAGCUCAGUCAUGCUAAUUAUAAGCUCAUCUAUACAGUCAUCACGUCAUAAUGUACUGUAAAGACUUAUAUUUGUUAUAUUUACAUUAUGAUAUUAUCUAAUUAAAUAUCAAUUGAAAAACUGGAUGGUAAAUUAAUACUUUGAUUCAUCAAGGAUGCAUUUAAUUGAUCGAAAGUGACAGUUAAGACAGUUAGUUUCAAAAGAGUAAUUUUGAACUUUCUACUGAAUCCUGAAAAAUAAAAUGUGUCACAGUCUUCAACAUUGAUAAUAAUCAGAAAUGUUUCUUGAGCAGUAAAUCAUCAUAUUAUUCAGAUUUCUGAAGAUCAUGUGACACUGAAGACUGCACUGUAAAAAAAAUUUCCCUUAAAUAACAGUAAUUUUCUGGCAGCAGGGGUGCCAGUAAAGUACUGUUAAUUUACAGCUCUUAACCAUUAAUUUACCACUCUUAUUUUUUAACAGUAUUUUACCGUAAAUUCUACCAUGGAAAUUAACUCCACUCCCACUGCUUCAAACAGUUCGAGUUUUUAAACUAGCAUUCCUACGAUGUUAGUACUAUGAACUUAUUUCAUUUGAGUCCACUGAGAAGGAAUAUUUCUUUCACUUAAUGUGCAGUAAUAAAGUAACUAAAUACAUGACUUUUACUCAAAUCACUGCGGCUCAUUGUCAGCUGUAGCACACAUGUAUGUGCUGAAGUACUUAACACAGAGAUCACCACUGUAUCAGCAACUCCAUAUUUACUGUCUUUAUAUAAAGCAGCAGAAAAUCUGAAUUUGUGGCUCAUCAUUGACUGAAGCACUGGCUCUACUCUCCAGCACAAUGGUGAACCACUAAACUACAUUAAACUAAACGAUCUCUCUUGUGCAAACACAUUAAUACAGUCAAGUUCAGUAUUUACUCUCAUUAUCAGUGUAUGACUUUGCCUAAUUUUUUUCUAUGGAUGUUCACAAAUAUUUUAGUUAAAUUAACUUAUUUUUCAUUUGGUAAAUCUGACAUUUACAUUUUACAGUAUAUUACUGUUUUUCCUUGACUUGACGGCAAAAAACUGUAGAAAACACUUUUUUUUUUGCUGGCAACCAUUAAUUUACGGCAAGAAACAGUAGAAAAACAGUUAUUUACUGGCAGCAGGGGUGCCAGUAAAUAACUGUUUUUCUACAGUUUGUUUCCUGUAAAUGAAUUACAGUUUAUUACUGUUAAAUUAUGUUUCAUUCUGUUUUUUCUUCAUCUUAAAUCUUUAACCCUUUAAACCCCACAAGAAAAUCCUCAGUUUUAAAUGAACACUUAUAAUGUGUGCACACUACAGAGUGUUAGAGUAACACUGAAUCAGUGAAGUUAAUGAGAUAAUUCGGUGAUUAAUUGAUGAUUGAGCAUUAGUGAUAAACACCUGCAGAAUCACUGAAGCAAAGAGAAACACAAGAACUACAAAUGACUUCAGCCACAGCCUUAGAUGAAAUCAACUGAAUAAAAGAAUACAUCAAAUCUCUCAAGAUCUGAUUAAACAACUACUAAAACAGCUUCACCAGAUUCACAUUACUAACCAGACUGACUUUAUUUCUGUCAGAUGUCUACAGAAGAACUUAUGGAGAGUUAAAUAGGUUUAGGUGUUUUUUCACUACCAUGAUGGAGAUCAGUGUUUACUUUAGUUGGGCUCUUGAACAUGACUUUUCAACAACUAAGGUUUUUUUUUUUUUUUUUUCAUGCUGUAACAAUGUGCUUUUGGAACCUGUUAUAGCAAAACAAAAGUACACAGAAGAAAAAAAAUCUGAUAUUGUUGUUUAUAGAUUGACAAGAACAAAUACUAUUAUUUCUGAUCUAAUCCCGUAUCUCUUCUCUUAUUGAAUAUUGAUACUACAGCAUGAGAAGGAACACUGCUGAGCCAUAAGUUAUGAAAGACUGUUAAUAAAAUUUCACUCAAAAAAAAAAAAAAUCUUAGCAGAAAUUUAGACAGAAACAUCAAGAAUCA